CCGAAUAUAUACACGAGGGACAAUGCUAGUGAAGUGAUUAAGAAACUCUUCUCUCAGUGUGGACCUGAAGAUAAUAAUGACUUACUGUGUGAAUACAAUCGCUCCUAUACCUACAACCUGUUGGAUGAGUAUCACGACAAUCAAGCCACCUCUAAAGUAUACGAGGCGAUGCUCCUCCUCUCCCUAGCGAUGGUUGCUAAGGCCAUACUCACUAUAUUCACAUUCGGAAUGAAGGUACCAGCUGGUCUAUUCAUCCCGUCAAUGUUUGUGGGGGCGUGUGUUGGAAGAGUGAUUGGAAUAGGAAUGGAACAAAUUGCUUUUAUAUAUAAGGAUUCUUGGUUCUUUAAAUUAUUCUGUUCCCCUCAUGAAGCCUGUGUCACUCCUGGGCUGUACGCUAUGAUAGGAGCAGCAGCUGCUCUGGGCGGAGUCACUAGAAUGACAGUAUCUCUUGUGGUCAUUAUGUUUGAGUUGACAGGAGGCCUGAGCUACAUAGUACCGAUAAUGGUGGCUGUGAUGAUCAGUAAAUGGGUGGGAGACGCCAUUGUUAAAGAUGGAAUUUAUGAUGGUCACAUUCAUUUGAAUGGUUUCCCAUUCCUGGACAGUAAAGAGGACUUUAUUCAUGAUACUCUGGUAUGUGACGUCAUGAAACCUCAA